AUGGAUAUCAGUGUUGGAGGAACUGGUGGUGGUGUAUGUGCUCUCACUCUCUCUGUAUGUGUCUCUCUCGAGAGGGCUCAAGAAGUUUUAGGGCAGUGCGCGGCGCUGUGGAGGUACUUCUCAGCACUGAAUAGUAAUAACAACUCCGGAAUCAUCGUCAGGAAUGUGUUUGUGAACACCAACUAUAAGCUGACCUGGAUCAAUUUCACGACCAGUGCUAAUGACACUGGCCCUGAUGGUAGCGAUGGUGGUGUGGCUCAGCUGGAAGUGUCAUUACCUCCGCAGCUGCGACACCGACAGCAACAAUCGCUUCCCACCCGUAUUAGGCUGGAAGUGGUGGGCAGUGCCGCCAGUGUCCGCAUCCGAGAUGCCGGUGCGAUGCACCAGGGCUUCUACAGUGCCUACAAAGUGCUCACUCACCCCAAUAGUAGUGACCAAUAUGUGGCCGAUCGCAAGGAUUUCUAUAUUUAUAUCAAAGGUCUGGGCGACGAAAACGACGGGUGCUCUGAGAACAGCACCUGUAUUAGCCAGCAUUGCCUGUACGGGCGAUGUGUAUGCAAUGGAGACAAACCCGUUCUCAAUGACCAUAAAUGCCACUCCGCCCAACCCAUUGGUAGCAAAUGUUUGCACUCAAGUCAGUGUCAAUGGAUCGCCGGCCCCAACGCUCACUGCAAUUACAAAGGAAAGUGUCGGUGCGCGCGGAACGCCAUUCCCAUACAAAUACCGAUUUAUGGCAAAUAUUGCAUCGAACCGAAGGUUUUCAACGAUAGCUGCAUUUACUCGGAAGAGUGUCUAUUGAUUGGCACUAAUCGGUACUGUAAUGAGCAGUUCAAGUGUCAGUGCCAUCCCGGCUAUCACUACCAUAUGGGCGUCGGGUGUAUAAAUAGGCCAUACAAUCACGUAUCACCACUACAGCCGUCCACCACUUUUAUCUGGCUAAUACUGGUAUUCACGUUCGUGGCAACUAUAUUAUGACAAUGUUUUUAAAAUGCAGCUAGCUGCUGAAUAUCAUUACAAAUUUUUAUGUAUAAAUAUAUUGUAUAUUAAUAUAUACAUGGAGUUUACUGUAUGAAUCAAAUCAUAUCACAAAUAAUGCCUUUUUUGUUAAGUUUUUUUGUCUCUCUAUUUAGUGUUUAGUUAUAAUAUAUA